GGACGGGCCGCGAUCUUGGGAGGAAGGAGCACACAACUGCCUGCUCCCUGGAUGUCCACUGGUGCGCCUUCUAUAAACGGCAGGAGGAAGGAACCCCACGGGACCUGUACUGCCAGCUCGGGAGACCUUGUUACCUACUAUUUUCUCUUCUUCCCUCUUGUUCGGCCAUGAUCAUGAGCCUGUUCUCCGGAUCGUCAAGGCAUUCAUUACAUCGCUCUUCCGAAAUCUUCGUCCAACAUACUCAAAGGGAAGAGAUGCAACCCUCAAAUCCAGAUGCCGUGGCAGAGGGCAUCGCCCGCUUUGUACAGACCGCCCAGAUGGAAGCAUACACUGAACAAAUUAGCUCCCUCGAGGAGACUGUCAAGGCCCUUCAGGCCGACAACCAGGAGAUCAACUGCUUGAAAGCUAGUUUCAAGUCCCUCCAAGCCUCCACCGAGAAGUCUGAUUCAGAUAUUGCCGCCUUGAAAGACUUCUAUCACCAAGAAAUCGCCAGCUUGCAAAACACUGUCAAGUCCCUUCGGGACUCCAACGAGAAAGCCGCGGCAGACAUAGCCAAGCUUCAAGGCCAGCAUCAUCAAGAGGUCGACUCCUUCAAAGCCAUCCUCAAUUCCCUACAGGCUUCCUCCGUGGCGGACAUCACACAGCUGCGAGAGGAGAUCGCAGAACUUUGUGUACAGCGUCGUCGCGCUGAAGAACCAACCGUCCAUGGUGAACCUCCUCGUGACCAUGGGACUCGGCAAAGCGCAAUGCAGCUGCAAGAGCCGUCGGGGCGUCAGUCGCUUCACAGCCGUUUCGCCAGGAAAAGAAUCGAGCAUCAGGUCAUCCCCCGACGUGAAACAAAGACAAAUAUUCAGCCCCAUCCAUUCCAUGACGACAGUGACAAUCACACAGCGGGACCGAAAAGGCCACAGGAGCAGCAGUACCCACGAGGCAUCAAGAGAGCUCAUGUAGACGAUGCCGCUGAGUUUGGUUACGGGGAUGCCGCCGCCGAGGAGGCUGGUAAUGCACAUCGCCUUGAGCAGCCACAAAGCCAGAAGACACGCCAUACAAAGAGGUCUGACCACAAACAUGGUUUUGAUGAAUUGCCGACUCGCGAGGGAAAGAUGGCCUCAGAGAUGGAAGACCACAACCGGGCCCGGUUUGACGAGUUUGCGGCUUACUACCAGUCCAAGCGAAAAAUAUACAAGAAAACUACUGUGGGAAGAGACAAGGGUGCUCUCGUCCGCCACUUCAUCGACGGCAUCGAAGACCCCGGUUACUGUCGCUGGUUUCAGAAUGCCUUAAAGGAACAGUUUCCCGAGCGCGUGCACAAUUUGGCGCACCCAACCGGCAGGAGGUUCGUCUCGGUGCCCAGAGACUUGACCUGGGAGGAUGCCAAGACUGUGGUGAGGGACAUCCCGACUCCUUACUCUCGUAAUUGA